GUUUUCAUCAACAGCCGCCAUUUUGCGCUGGAGAGACUGAGAAGUAUUUCGGAAUUUGUCGUGUAAAUUUUCUGUUUUUUCUUACAUCAUUUAUCAUAAACUUUACCAUUCCGUAUAUUUUAAAGUGUUAAGUGAAAUCGUGUAUUUAGAUAGGUAAAAUAAGGUCCAUUAAGUAGCGAAAUCUGGUGAUAUUGUUUUCAUUUAUUGUACUAGUUCCGUCGGAAGAUGGUGAGAGGGUCUGUGUAGCUCUUCGAUUCGGAGCUUUGUAAUGGCGAAUACAUAAGUGAGAAAUUUUAAUAUGUGCCUUCAUCGGUUCGGAAGACAUCGAACGAUCGGGAUGUGGGUGAAUUACGUUGUGAUGGAUGACAAAUCGCUCUAAAAUGUUAAUUCUUGAAGAUAUAAGACAUAAAAGUGUUAUUUGAAUCGGCGGGCCGAAAUAUUCACGACGGCUUACGUUUAGUAAACAGAGCCAUGGCCGAUCAUCAUGUGGACGAGCCGCCUAACAAGCGGGCAAAGAUGAUCCGGGACCCUUUCCAGGGUCCCUCGGACACCGGAGAUUCUGGGUUCUCCAACCUGGACAUGUUUGACCUAGAGAAAGAUCUUCCUGAUGAGUUGAUGGGUUCCUGGGGAGAACAGCCCGGUGUGGCGGGGCCCAAGCCUCCAGCGCAAGGGCCCGGUCCGGGGGGCCAAGUGGCCCCACAGCAGCUGAACGGGGACGACCCCACGGCUGCCAUGCAGAGACAAAUAAACAAUCAUCUUAUGCAACAAGGCAACAAGAGUGGUUUAGUCGGCCACAACAACCCACUGGGGUUGAGUCUAGGUAGUAAGAGUCCAAAUUUACAGUCACCGCCCAAUGUGUCUGUCUCCAAGGAUCUCAUGGGCAAUAUGCAUCAGCAACUUAUACCAAAUACAAGCCAUCCCAACCAGUUGCAUUCAUCCAUGCCGAUGAGCUCUAUACAAGGUGGUAUGAACGUGGCGAAUGUGGGCAACAUGGUGGUGACGAACAGCAGCAUGUCGGGCCCGGGCGGCAUGCUGGGCGGCGGCAUCAUCAACAACGUGAACAAGCAGCUGCCCACGCUCAUGGCUAACAGUCACCACCCCGCGCACGCCGCCCACGGCCAGCCGCAACACCAUCCGCACGCACAGGCAAUGCAGAAUGGCCCACUCGCCGGAAGAGUCGGCGGUGGAGUGGGCGUGGGCGUCGGCGUCGGUGUGGGCAUGCAGGCGCCCAUGCGCACGGGACUGGCGCACGCGGCGCACGCAGCGCACGCGGCGCACAACACGCACGUGGGGCACGGGCACACACGCAUGGGCGCGCCGGGCGGCGGCGGACACCCGCUCGCGCCCUACCACCCCGCGUACGGGCAGCCGGCGGCGGGCGGCGCGGCGCAACGCGCGGCCGGCGUGCGGUUCGGGCCGCCGCCAGAGGCGGGGGGCGGGGCGGCGCAGGCCGUGCCCCCCGCGCCCUCCCCUCAGACGCCCGGCGCGCCUGCCGGUGGACAGUCGCAGCCGCAAGCGGCGACGCAGGGCGCGGCGGGCGCGGCGCCGCAGCAGGCGGGCUCGGGCUCCAUCGCCGACCCGGAGAAGCGCAAGCUGAUCCAGCAGCAGCUGGUGCUGUUGCUGCACGCGCACAAGUGCCAGCGCCGCGAGUCGCAGGCCAACGGCGAGACGUGGCAGUGCACGCUGCCGCACUGCAAGACCAUGAAGACUGUGCUCAACCAUAUGAUGUCGUGUCAGGCGGGGAAGAACUGUGCAGUACCUCAUUGUUCGUCUUCGAGACAAAUCAUCAACCAUUGGAAGCACUGCAACAAAAAUGACUGUCCAGUCUGCUUACCACUCAAACAAGCGGACAGGACUAGAACAAACACUAUGAACCCGGCCGCUGUGCCCCACUCGGCGGCGGGCGUGGGCGCGGUGGGCGGCGUGGGCGUGGGCGCGGCGGGCGGCGGCGUCGUGGGCGCCGUGAGCGUCAACGUGGCGCCCGCGCCCGCGCCCAACGCCCUGCCGUCCGUCAACCCACUGGCAGGCGGCGUCACAUCAACGGGCGCGCCCACGGGCAACUCCGUCGGCGGCGUGGGCGCCGUGGGCGGUGUGGGCAGCGUGGGCGGUGUGGGGAGCGUGAGCACUGUGGGCGGCGGCGCGGACAUGAAGCGCGCGUACGAGGCACUGGGCAUCGCGUGUCCCACGUCCGUGGCGGGGAUGGUGGGCGGAUUUGCGAGGGCGCCCUUCAGUCGGCUGCCUACGCCGCGGCCGUCCGGGCUGGGCGACGUGUUGCCGCAGCAGCAGUCCAUGCAGCAGCUGUUCACACACCAGCAGCAGCCGGAUUUGCAGCAACAAUCGCAACAGCAGCAACUGAUGGGUGCGAGCACGCUCCAGCUGCCAGCGGGGAACGUCACCGCCAACCCUGUCUCCGGAACGAAAGAGUGGCACCAGUCUAUAACACCCGAUCUCAGAAACCACCUUGUUCAUAAACUGGUGCAAGCUAUCUUUCCGACGCCGGACCCUACAGCGAUGCAAGAUAAACGUAUGCACAACUUAGUGGCGUACGCGAAGAAAGUGGAGGGCGAUAUGUACGAAAUGGCCAGUACGCGCUCCGAAUACUACCACUUACUAGCAGAGAAGAUAUACAAAAUACAGAAGGAGUUAGAAGAGAAACGGCAGAAGAGAAAAGAGCAGCAAUUGCAGCAGCAGCAGCAACAGCAGCAGCAACAGAACCAGAUGCAGCAGCAACCCGGCGUGUUAGGUGGCGGCGGCGUCAUGGGCGUGCGGCCCAACGUCCCUGGCGUCGGAGUCGUGGGCGGCGUGGGCGUGGGCGUCGGUCGGCCGAACCUGCCCACGCAGCCCGUCCUGCCCACGAUGCGCAUCCCCUCGCCCGGCAUGCCGCUGACGAUGCAGGGCAACCGCAUGUCGUACCAACCCAACCUGGUCGGCCCGCCGGGACCUAGCCCUAAUCAGAUGCCGCACACGCCCAACGGUGGCAGCGUGGGCAGCGUCGGCGGCGUGGGCAGCGUGGGCAACCCGGGCAUGUCGCCGUUCGGGCAGCCCAUGACGUCGCCCGCGCCGCAGUACCCGCUGGCGAGCAACGGGCCGCCGCUGGCGUCGCCCGGGCUCGCGGCCGACAUGAAGCGCAGCGCGGCCAGCCCCUUCAUGAACCACACGAGCGCGUUCCGCGGCGACGCGAGCGGCGCGUCCCCCGCGGGCGGCGCGGCCACGCCCGCCACGCCGCUCGCGCACGCCAGCCCCGCGCCCGACGCGCGCCCCGCCUCGCGCCCGCCCUCCGCCGCCGCGCCCGUCUCCGCGCAGAUGGCGGCGCUGCAGAACGCAGCAGCUGACGACAGUCCGCCGGACAUCAAACGCGAACCAGAAGACAUACGCAUCAAAGAGGAACCGGAGGAGGACUGCGGCGGCAAGGGCAUGCGCGACGAAACGCCGCAAGACAAAGAUGUGGUGGAUCGCUUCGACAGACCCGACCCCUUCAUCAAGCAAGAGAUAAAACAAGAGAUACCAGAAAUAAAAAGGGAGAUAAAGGAAGAACCAACGGAGAUAGCCACGUCGACCGACGGCACGAGUGACCGUGGUCCAAAGAAGAUGUUCGUUUUCAAGCCGGAGGAGCUUCGGCAAGCGUUGCUGCCAACGUUGGAGAAGCUGUUCCGGUUGGAUCCGGAGUCGUUGCCGUUCCGCCAGCCGGUGGACGCGACGGCGUUGGGCAUCCCGGACUACUUCGACAUUGUCGCGAAGCCCAUAGACCUGGGCACGAUAAAGUCGAAGUUGGACCGCGGCCAGUACAAGGACCCCUGGGAGUAUGUCGACGACGUGUGGCUGAUGUUCGAGAACGCGUGGCUUUACAAUAGGAAGAAUUCGCGCGUCUAUAGAUAUUGUACUAAGCUGUCGGAGGUGUUCGAGGUGGAGAUAGACCCGGUGAUGCAGAGCCUGGGCUACUGCUGCGGGCGCAAGUACACCUUCAACCCGCAGGUGCUGUGCUGCUACGGCAAGCAGCUGUGCACCAUCCCGAGGGACGCCAAGUACUUCAGCUACCAGAACAGUCUAAAAGCGUAUGGGGUUGUGUCCGAUAGAUACACCUUCUGCCAGAAAUGCUUCAACGACAUCCAGGGCGACACCGUGACGCUCGGCGACGAUCCGCUGCAGCCGCAGACUGACGUUUUUAGAGCGAUAAAGAAGGACCAGUUCAAGGAGAUGAAGAACGACCACCUGGAGCAGGAGCCGUUUGUGGUGUGCAUGGACUGCGGACGGAAGCAGCACCAGAUCUGCGUGCUGCACCACGACCAAAUAUGGCCCCUGGGCUUUUGCUGUGAUAACUGUCUGAAGAAGAAGGGCGCCAAGCGGAAAGAGAACAAAUUCAGCGCUAAGAAACUGCCAACGUCGAAGCUCGGCAUUUAUAUUGAGACGAGAGUCAAUAAUUUCCUUAAGAAAAAAGAGGCUGGCGCCGGUGAGGUGCACAUAAGGGUCGUUGCAUCGUCUGAUAAGAUGGUGGAAGUGAAACCUGGCAUGAGGUCUAGGUUUGUGGAGUCCGGAGAGUUGUGUUCCGAAUUCCCGUAUCGGGCUAAGGCGUUAUUUGCAUUUGAGGAGGUCGAUGGGACCGACAUUUGUUUCUUUGGGAUGCAUGUGCAAGAGUAUGGUAGCGAAAGUCCUUCGCCAAACACGAGGCGUGUAUAUAUAGCAUAUUUAGAUUCUGUACAUUUCUUCCAACCGAGGCAGUUCAGGACGGCCGUGUAUCACGAGAUUUUAUUAGGAUAUUUGGAUUACGCUAAGCAACUGGGCUACACCAUGGCCCACAUCUGGGCCUGCCCGCCCUCCGAGGGCGACGACUACAUAUUCCACUGCCAUCCGCCCGAACAGAAGAUUCCUAAGCCUAAGAGGCUGCAGGAGUGGUAUAAGAAAAUGUUAGAUAAAGGUAUAAUAGAGAGGAUAAUAUUAGAUUACAAAGACAUUCUUAAGCAAGCUAUAGAGGAUAAUAUAUUGUCUGCGGCGGAGCUCCCAUACUUCGAAGGAGACUUUUGGCCCAAUGUGCUGGAGGAAUCCAUCAAGGAGCUGGACCAAGAGGAAGAGGAGAAGAGGAAACAAGCCGAGGCCGCCGAGGCAGUGAUAUUCCAGUCUUCCGAGGAGAACGAGCAAGGCCCCGACGGCAAGAAGAAAGGCCAGAAGAAGGCGAAGAAGUCGAAUAAGUCGAAGGCCGCCCAGAGGAAGAACAGCAAGAAGCAGAGCGACCAGCAGCAGGGCAGCGAUCUCAGCGCGAAGAUAUUCGCCACCAUGGAGAAGCACAAGGAGGUGUUCUUCGUCAUCAGGCUACACUCCGCGCAGUCGGCCGCCAGCCUCGCUCCCAUCCAGGACCCCGACCCGCUGUCCAACUGCGACCUGAUGGACGGGCGCGACGCGUUCCUGACGAUGGCGCGCGACCGGCACUACGAGUUCUCGUCCACGCGGCGCGCGCGCUUCUCCACGCUGUGCAUGCUGUACGAGCUGCACAACCAGGGCCAGGACAAGUUCGUGUACACGUGCAACAGCUGCAAGUCGCACGUGGAGACGCGCUACCACUGCACCGUGUGCGACGACUUCGACCUGUGCGUGCCCUGCUACGACAAGGAGGGCCACCCGCACAAGAUGGAGAAGCUGGGCCUGGACCUGGACGUGGGCUCCUCGCCCGGCGACAUGAAGCAGGCCAACCCGCAGGAGGCGCGCAAGCUGUCCAUCCAGCGCUGCAUCCAGUCGCUGGUGCACGCGUGCCAGUGCCGCGACGCCAACUGCCGCCUGCCCUCGUGCCAGAAGAUGAAGCGCGUCGUCACGCACACCAAGAUCUGCAAGCGCAAGACCAAGGGCGUGUGCCCCAUCUGCAAGCAGCUCAUCGCGCUGUGCUGCUACCACGCCAAGCACUGCCAGGAGACCAAGUGCUCGGUGCCGUUCUGCAGCAGCAUCAAGCAGAAGCUGAUGCAGCAGCAGGUGCAGCAGCGCGUGCAGCAGCAGCAGCUGCUGCGCCGGCGCAUGGCCGCCAUGAACACGAGCACGCGCGGCGCCGCGCCCGCGCCGUCGCCGCCGCCCGUGCCGCUGGCGUCGCCGCCGCCCGCCAAGCCCACGGCGCACGUGCUGCCGCACAACGUGCAGAAGGCGCUGCAGCAGGUACAAGAAGAGGCGGCGCGGCAGCAGGCGCCGUCGUACGGCAAGCAGGCGGCGAUGGGCCCGCCGGUGGUGGGCACGGUGGGCGUGGGUGUGGGCGUGGGCGUGGGCCCGCGCGGCGCCGACUGGAGCGCGCGCUACCGGGCGCCGCCGCCGCUGCACCACCCGCACCACCGCCUGCCGCCGCACCAGCAGCACCAGCAGCUGCACCCGCAGCACCCGCAGCACGCGCCGCAGCAGAUGCAGCAACAGCGGGCGGUGGUGGCGCCGCAGCAGCAGCAGCAGGGCGCGCCGAUGCACCAGAAGGCGCUGGCGCAGCUCAUGGCCACGCUGCGCUCGCCCACCAGCCACAACCAGCAGCAGGAGAUCCUGCAGAUCCUCAAGUCCAACCCGCCGCUGAUGGCUGCCUUCAUCAAACAGAGAGCACAGAACGCCCAAAACCAGCAGCAGGCCGGCGGCGUGCCCGUGGGGAACGUGGGCAACGUGAACGUGGGAAACGUGAACGUGGGGCUGGGCGGCGUGCAGCAGCAGCCGCAGCAGCUCCAGCACAUGAUGCAGCCGCAGCAGCAGCGGCUGCAGCAGAUGCACCAGAUGCUGCCCCAACAGUCACAGGUGGGAGGGGUAUCCGGCGUGGGCACCGUGUCGGGCGUCGGGCUCGGCGGCGUGGGCAACGUGAGCGGCGCGCCCGCCUGGUACAAGCCGGGCGGCGGGCCCGCGGGCGCCGUGGGCGGCGUGGGCACGGUGGGCGGCGGCAUGAUGGCCAUGCGCGGCGCGUACGCCGGCGGCGUGGGCGGCGCGGCGCCGCGGCUCGCCACGCGCUACUUCCCGGGCGGCGGCGUGGGCGCGGUGGGCGGCGUGGCCGUGCUGCAGCGCUCGCCGCCCGCCACGCCGUCGCCGCGCCCGCCCACGCCCUCCGAGCUGCUCAUGAUGCGGCAGUCGCCGGCGCCGCCCGCGCCGCACGCGCCCGACGACCAGCUGCCGCCCAUGACGCCGCAGGACCAGCUCACGAAGUUCGUGGAGCAGUUGUAGUGUACAUAGUCACGGCGCGCCCGGUCGCCCUGUAACAUAUAGGCUAUCGCGGCCCGCGCCCCCCCGCCGAGCGCCUGACCCCCCCCAGCACUAUUUAUUGUCUCGUCGAUGAAGUCGCCGUCGUUAGCGACGCGAAUGAACUAUUAGUAUUACGAUGAAUGAACGAGCGCUCAAUGUACAAAUGUAAAUAUGAGAAGAGUACAUCCUGUCCGCUUUUGCGUAAUGUAAGUUGUUCGUAGUGUAGGUACAUUAAGUAUGAUACUUAUUAUCUAUUGUAAUUAAAUCAUUUUAUAAUAUAAUUAUGUGAUGAUUAUAAA